ACAGUCGAAUUUGGGAUUAGGUUUCAGGGGGGUACGUUGCGAAAUUAUAUAAGGCUACUCGAGGUCGCCCGUGAACUUCAUUAGAGAGGGAAUCUUGGUGCAGUGAGAAAUCGAACAUGAAGUUGUUGACUUUGACGGCGCUCGUCUGCGGACUGCUGGUCGUGGCCCAGGCCAAGCCGGCGACUCGCAUGUCCAUGGAUGAACUGACCCGUAUCAUUGAGGAGUACCGCGAGAAGUUUGACGAUCUGCACGAGGAGAAAGACAUGUUCGUGAACGUGGCCCGUAUCAUUACCCGUGCCGAGCUGAAGUUGUUGAACGAGGCUACCGUGGACAACUUGGCCGAUGCGUGGAGCGAUAUUGAACACCACUUCGACGGUACGCGGAAGAUCAUCGGGGACAUGAUCAUCCUGCCGAAUGCCAACGAGGACUGCCUUCUGGGAUUGGUAGAGGAGAUCGUUGCCGAGCGUAUCCGUGCUGCGGACGAGAUGAGCCGCUGCGCCUCAGACAAAAUCGAAAUCAAGGAAGGUCUGGCCGACGAUUUCCGCAGCUUGGUUAACGUGUUGCAACGAAUCUCGACUCUCGCUGCCGAAUACACGCUGUACUCGUUCGUCAACCACAACUCCAUCAUGGAUCCGGAGGAACACAUCGAGUGGCUGGAGCGUAACUACAACAACCAGGUGUACUUCUGGGACAACGUGGCCCGUCCUGAAGCGCAGGAAGAUUUGGACUUCCUGGAGGUGAACCGUCCGUACCUGGUGGAGGAGAACCGACUCUGUUUGGAACGUAUACAGGUGCAGAUGACGGAAGUUGACCGAAACAUCAACCAGCGAAUCAACCAGUGCGUCGUUUGAACGGAUGGUGAGGGUGCAGGGAGUGGUGCUAGGACGUUUCAAUAAAUGUACAGAUCAUUUUCGUUGAUUGAAUGAUGU